CUUCUCACCUACUCCCCCCCAAAGUCCAUAAAUAAAUUGGGUUCAUACCCUUCUCUGUUUCAUAUCUAUUUCCACAGCCAAUUCAUUCAACUACACAAAUGGGGAGUUUCUCAUCAGGACAACCACUGCCAGUACUACUAGUGUUAGUGUUAGUGUCAAGUAUUCAUGUUGACAUUUCAAUGGCAGAUUCAAGCAAAGACAGGGAGGAGUGUGCAGACCAACUGGUGGGACUGGCCACAUGUCUGCCUUAUGUUGGUGGUGAAGCAAAAUCUCCAACACCAGACUGUUGCAGUGGUCUCAAGCAAGUUCUGAAGAGCAACAAGAAGUGCUUGUGUGUUGUUAUCAGAGACAGGAAUGUUCCUGAACUGGGUCUCAAUAUCAAUGCCACUCUUGCUUUAGGACUCCCUACUGCUUGCCACACAUCUGCCAAUGUUUCCAAGUGCCCCGAACUUCUACACUUGCCUCCCAACUCACCAGAAGCGCAAGUGUUCUAUCAACUCUCAAAUGGUUCAAAUCAUACUAACAUUAGUCCGGCUAUUAGUCCGACCGGAGAAGGAGCAAGCUCUAGUACAAUUCCUCGACCGGAGAGUACUGGACAUUGUUACAGAAAUGGCAGAUGGUUUUGGUUAGACAUUGUUGUUGGUGGGGUUUUAUUUCUGUGCUUCAUGAAUAAUUCUAGUUACUUGUUCAUGUAAAAUUUAACUACUUUUACCUGAGAUGUGCUCUGGCUCUUCUGGGAGCUUUAUUUGCCAGAUUUGAUUGACAUAAUAAAUCUGUGUCUUAUAGAGAAACACUUCUU